GGAGAGAAUAUGUCAACUUUAAAUUCAACCCUGGUGAAUUGGUGCAUGGACAGAGAUACGUAAUUUGUAUCCACACGGUGUAUACUGAGAUAAAAUUUGAGGAAUGGACCCAAGUCCUGCCAGAGCUAAACACCUGUAGUGAUGGUAUAGUGGUGGAUCUAACACCUCCCACACCUGGUAAGGUGUGGAUAGGAAAUUUCCCAGACACAAGGUUCCAGACCUCUACCACAGAUAUGUACAUCAACUGGCAGACAUUUGAAGAUGUAGAGGAAAUAAGUUCCAUAUCACACUCAACAGGCAUCCAAGAUUACCAACUAGGCAUAG